AAUAUGUUUUUCUUACAGCAAUUUGCAAAUAAGCUUAUUCGUUAUAUUUAACGUGCUUUCUUUUCAUUGCAACCGUAUUUGUUGAAUAAUGUGUCAUAUCAACCGCCGGUAGACCUGGCAACAGCACUGUAAUAACAAAUAUUUGGAUUUAUUUUCAGACUAGCCAUGGAAACUGCCGAUAGAGACAGUAUAAAUAGGCCCAGACUCAAAGGAUCGACAAAACCGGAAAUUAUUUCAACUAAGGGAACUGACAUAUCUUUAAUUCACCAUGGCGGUGAUUGCAAGGACAUUAACUAGUCUUCUCUUAUAUCUUGCGGCAUUUUAUGCUACAGAUGCUACAAUUACUUGGAGUACCCCAGCCAGUGGAGACGGUACUGCAAGCGUAGCCGAAACCGCAGCUGUUGGAGACGCAGUUGAAACUUUAGCGGCCACUUCCGAUGGAACUCUGGGAGAGUUCACACUACUGACUAAAGGCACUCCAUUCACAUUAGCAGUUGGUGGAGCAUUGACAGUUGCCUCUGCUACCCUCGACUUUGAAACAACACCAACCUACGUAUUAAGUAUUCAGGGUGUCGACGAUACAUCUACUUCAACAGCAACACUAACUGUAUCCGUCACUGACGCAAAUCAUGACCCAACGUUCAGUUCUUCCACCUUCAGUACUUGCGCGGCCGACGGAUCUGUAGCUGGUACGACAGUGUACACCCUAUCUGCAACCGAUCAGGACUCAGGAGACACACUUACUUACUCCAUUACAGGUGGAAACACAGGCACCGACUUUGUAAUUUCUUCAGAUAAGAUUGUUACAGCAAAUGCACUUAACAUGGCUACAGCUGCAAGCUACGACCUGAUAGUGCAAGUCAGUGAUGCCACAGCGACUGCAAGUGCAACCGUCACUGUUUCGGUUUCUGCGAGCUGCAACAGCGCAAAGGCUUUUGUCUUCAGCCUUUUAACCAUCCUCACAGCUCUUGUUGUCGCUCUAAAUUAAAUCUCCCCAAAAUACUUUAAGAAGGCCACAAGUAGAUAAAAAUAAAUAUAUAUAGGAAAUCUUUUCAUUGAAACUGUCCAAGCAAAUAACACAUUACCAAAAUAGACAAAAUGAUAUCAUAAAUAAUUGCUUUAAGAUCACCGACAACGAAAUAGUUUAAGCUGGUACCCUGAUUUAACAGUAGAAAAAGAUUCAGUAGUUUUAAAAUUUCAUACAAUUUGCUUAAUGUAAAAGCAUAAUGAACUGCGUGUGUGUAUUGUUUAUAUAUCAGUACUCUAGGUGAGAGGACCUUUCGACCAAGAACAUUUAACGCACACAAUAUGACCGCUUACCGUAUUUGCACUAUAAGGAAAACGAGCAGUAAAUCUUAUAUAUUUUAAAAUACACCAUAGUCUUUUGAAAUGAAAAACAAUCCAAAAGUCCUUUAAAUAAAUGUUACAUUGUCCAAAGAUACAAUUAAACAAUUAACUGGAAUAGCUCUACAUAGUUUAACACGUGUCCAUGUCACUAACGAAAUCAUGCAAUAAGUUAAUGUCCUGUGUUUAGGUCUAUUCCCUUAAGUACUAGGUGUUUUCUUUGUGUUUCUUUUUUUCUCAUCGUUAUGUAUUUAAGAAACGAUUUCAUUAAUGAGAUACGAGCGUAUCGAUGUUGAAGUUGUUUCACAGUUAAAGUGUGCUUCUUUUGUACAGUUAAGACUAUUUCUAGCAUACAUGUUUUCUUAAUAUUUCUUUUUAAAGGUUAUUCCAUUUAAUUCAAAAGCAUCUUUUUCUAUUUAUUGUUGAUCAAAACUACAACUUAUAUACCAAAUGUAAGAAGUUAUCAACAAUGUAAAAGGGACAACCGUACUUACAUUCAGGUUAUGUGGGGACAAAUUACGAGAUUACAGUCAGUUGUAGGAUUUCUUUUACAUUUUAUUAACUAAGAACAAAAUGCCACAUUUGUAGAUGAAACUAUUUAGACGAUGUUACUUAUUAACAUUAAUGUAUUGAUUUUAUCUUACUUAUUGAUUUACUAUUUCUCAAAGGCUUCUUGACUUUCUAAUGGUCGUCCCUUAAUGAACAGAAAUGAAACAGAUAUUUGUUUUGUUUAUAUGGCUAUUGUCAAUAAAAAUUUGAUUAUCCUAAUAUUGUUGUUUAUUAUAUAU